ACACAGCUGCACUUCACUCCAGAGUGGCUCUGGAGUGAGUUGAUUCAGGAUGGCGAUGGCAGCGACUCUUUUCCUGCUUCUCAUGGUGGCUUUUGAAAGCGGAGGGGCUCAGUUCUUCGGCGACAGCGUCAACGUUCGUGUGGUGCCCAGGAAGGGAGGAGCGUUCCAGAUGGUGAUUCGACACCGGCAGAACGGCAGGAGCAACUGCACCAACAACCCCAACUUCACCUGCGAGUCAGGCUCAUGCUCAGAGUUCACAGCCUCGCCGGCCCAGCAGGGGGACGCCAGCGCUGCGGGAGGCUGGUGUCAGAGCGAAGCCCAUUUAACUGCUGACAUCCAGAGCGGCACCAAGCACAUCGACCUGAGAAAUUCCGGCUGCUGCUGGACCUCCAAUGUGGAAGGAGCUCGCGACUGGUCCACUUCCCUUCACCUUGAUCUGGGAGUUCGCUCUGACACCAGGGCGCUGAACAAAUGUCCAGUCACCACCAGUGUGUCUUCUCUUCGGGUUCCACAGAACUGUUUCUCCCAAAUCCGCCUGCUGGCUCACGACCCAGACGGGGACCGGGUCAGGUGCACCUUCACCAACAGCACGGGGCCCGAGGUUCUGCUGGACACGAGCCACUGCACCAUCACCAAGAACCAGAAUCUGAGCGUCGGGGUCCACGUGCUGGAGGUGAAGCUGGAAGACCUGCCCACCAGGAACAUCACUCUGACCUACCGCGACGGGACGUCGGUUGCCAUGGAUACGACGGGCGGGGAGUCACUCUGCAGCGUCACCCUGCAGUUCACACUGGAGAUCCUGCCAUCGGUGGCGAACUGUAAACUGGGUGAUGGGACACCCAUCUUCCUGUCCAAGACGCCGUCCCACGGCGACGUCCUUCACGCCUCCGUGGGUCAGCCCUUCAGGAUGGAGGUGCAGGCAGAGGCGCAGAGCGACUCAAUCCACGACUUCCAGGUCAGUGGCCCCCAAAACAUGAGCAAAGAGGUGCAUGCUGGCAGGUGGGCGGAGAUGACGCUGAGCUGGACGCCGCAGGAGAGCGACCUGCAGACCGUCAACGCCGUCUGCUUCACGGCAGAGGCCUCCCAGUCACAGUCAGACAUGAGGUGUGUCGUGAUCAUGGUAUCCAGAUCCACCAUCUCACAAGGUACCGGCGGUGUGACCUGUGCGGCCGAGCAGAUGACCGUGUUCCUGGAGAAGGCCUCCAUUCCUGGGAUCGACGUGAGAUACCUGCAGCUGAAGGACCCGUCCUGCAAACUGACCUCCAACAGCACCCACAUCAUGGGCACCAUCUCCUUCAGAUCCUGCGGCACAGAGCUGGAGGACCAGGGGGACUACAUGGUUUUCAAGAACCAGAUUAAGUCUUUCGAGCUGGCGCGAGAGGUCAUCAUCCGGAGGAAGACGGUGGAGAUCGACUUCGCCUGCCAGUUCCCCAAAAGCGCCGUCGUCACCAACUUCUACACGCUUCGCAACAGCGACUACAUUUUCUCCGAGUCCAGCUUCGGCAGCUUCGGCUACUCGUUCAACGUGUUCAAGGACGGCAACUUCACGGACAGGUACGAGGCCACCAGCUACCCAGUGGAGAUGCAGCUGAUGCAGCCCAUCUUCAUGGGCAUCGCUGCCGAGUCAGAGCUCCCAAACCUCAAGCUCUUCGUCGAGUCGUGCAGAGCCACUCCUGACGACAACCCGGAGAACCCCAUGUUCUACGACCUCAUCAAGGACGGGUGUUUGCAGGACGAGACGGUGAAAGUUCACCCAGGCGACCAGAUGUCCUUCCACUUCCAUUUCCAGAUGUUCAAAUUCACUGGAAACUACGACACGGUCUACGUCAGGUGUCUGGUCCUCCUCUGCGACUCACACAGCACCUCCUCCAGGUGCACCCAGGGCUGCCUGCCGGAGCCGUCGCGCAGACGCAAGCGUUCAGCGGGCGGCGAGACCAACGGCCACUACAUCACCCAGGGUCCCUUCCAGCUGGUGGAGCAGGGGCAACAGGACGGCGUGAACAAAGCUGCAGAUCUGGAUGCAGCGACCACGGACGGGCUCCCUCCUUCAGACGCGUGGCCCACCACUCCAGUGCCCCCGAGUCCCCCCGUGUCGCAGGAGAGGAGGGUUUGGGAGGAAGACGCCCGGGAGGUUCUCAGCAGCAACGUCAGCACUGUCACGUUUGCCGGAACCCUCCUGGCCUCCGUGCUGCUCCUGGUGGUGGUGGUGGUUCACUGUGUCAGGAAGCGGUCGUCCGAGGAUCGGAAGGCUCUUCUGAAGGAAUACAUGUGAGGCUGCUCUCUCUUCUGCUGCUGCUGCUCUGUCCUUUCCUGCUCACGCCUGAAGCUCGCACACAGUCGCACUUGAGAAAGCCUCCUCGCCCUGGGUGGCUCUAUCUGUCAAUAAAGUCUCUGUUUUUCACUGA